UAGCUGUGCAUGCGGAUGUCGAUCGAGCAAACAUACGUACUUUUACGCCUGCCAUAGCACAGCUACUCUAUACGGCAUCUGACUCCAACAAAAGCUCGCAAUGGAAGUUUCCAACAACCGUCUCUUCCGAUGGUCCAAGCCCGAAUGGCUGAAUAACUCGAGCGUCCGUAAUGCGGGCGUCUACACGUCAGGAGCUCUGUUCUCCCUCGGAUUCUUCUUCCUCGUCGAUGCGGCCGCAUUCUCGCACAGCUCACGCAACGGGUCCAAAGUAAACGUCAAGUUCGUCGACUGGAUUCCCGGUAUCUGCUCGGCGCUCGGGAUGUUGGUGAUCAACUCGAUUGAGAAGUCGCGGCUGCAGGCGGAUAGUUUCAGCUAUAGCGGGAGCGGCGUGGCGUGGAAGGCGCGGUUUGUGCUGUUCCUGGGGUUUGCGCUGCUGGCGGGCGGUUUGGCGGGGAGUGUGACGGUCAUGGUCUUGAAAUAUCUGAUCAAGAAUUACCCGUUACCGACGUUGUAUUUUGGAAUCGCUAACGUCGUUGCCAAUGGCUUGGUCAUGCUAAGUACUAUUGUUCUAUGGAUCUCGCAGAACAUAGAGGAUGAUUACACCUACAACCUUGCGUUGUAGCCAUGGACUGACUGAUUUUGGAUUUUGUGCGUUGUUUGCUGCGUUCUUGGUACGAGUGGGAGCAUGUUCAGUGCGUCACAGCCAUACCUUAUUUGUUUUCUCUUGACUGGCGCACUUGUACUCGAGGGUUCUGUACUUUCAGCCUGGCAUACCUACCUUAUGCUCUGUUUAUGUUUAUACUUGAUGAAUUGUUCUAGAAUUUGAAUUUCGGCGAUC